AUGGUUAGAGCUGAGUACUGAGGGGUUGGUCAAAGUUCACAGCCGGGUCACCUGAUUGGCCGACGGCGUCUGUGAUGGACAGCAGGUGUUUACAUAUAGAGCUCCUGUGAGGACAGCUGUCUCCCCUCUGAUCCAACAUCAUCAACACACCUUCCACUGCUGCAGCAACACAGGCACCGCUGACUCGCUGCCCUCCACCUGAAACCAACAUGAGUCCCAAAAAUGUGGUUUUCAAGAAGAUUUGCAAAGACAAGUCGGUUGGAGUGUACAUGGGGAGAAGAGACUUUGUGGACCGUGUUGACUCUGUGGAUCCAGUGGAUGGCGUCAUCGUCAUCGAUCCUGAGGCUCUGCAGGGGAGGAAAGUGUUCGUCACCCUGUCCUGCACCUUCCGGUACGGCAGAAAUGACAUGGACGUGAUGGGAAUCGCCUUCCGCAGGGAGCUGUACCUGUCGACCCGCCAGGUGUACCCGCCUCUGCAGGACCGCGAGAAGGGGAUCCACACCAGGACACAGGCCAAACUGAUACGCAAGCUGGGAGACAACGCCUACCCGUUUUUCUUCGAGUUUCCUGACAACCUGCCUUGCUCAGUGGCUCUCCAGCCAGCGUCUAAUGAUGUCGGCAAGCAAUGUGCCGUGGAGUUUGAGGUACAAGCGUUCAGCGCCGAGAGCCAGGACGCUAAAAUACGCAAGCGGAGCUCAGUGAAGCUGAUGCUCAGGAAGGUCCAAUACGCUCCAGAGUGUGAGGCGGUGGCGCCCUCUGUUGAAACCACCAGGGACUUUGUCAUGUCGGAUAAACCGCUGCAUGUCAAGGCCAGUCUGGACAAAGAGUUGUACUACCACGGUGAGACCAUCAAAGUGCAGGUCAGCGUCACAAACAACUCCAGCAAAAACAUCAAGAACAUCAUCGUCUCUGUGGAUCAGGUCGCCACGGUGGUGUUGUACUCCAAUGACAGCUAUGUCAAAUGUGUGGCCAUCGAGGAACUUGGGGAUUCCGUGUCUCCUGGAGCAACCCUGCAGAAAACCUACAAACUGCUGCCGGUGCUGGCCAACAACAGGGAGAGGAGGGGCAUCGCUCUGGACGGCAAGCUGAAGCAUGAAGACACCAACCUGGCGUCAUCGAGCAUGAUCAAGGAGGGUGUUCUGAAGGAGGUUAUGGGGCUCAUGGUUUCAUAUAAAGUCACAGUGAAGCUCAUCGUUGGAGGGAUGAUGGGGUCAAGUGAAGUCGGCCUGGAAGUUCCCUUCAAACUGAUGCAUCCUAAACCUGAUGCAGUGAAGGAGAGUGAAGUGGAGGAGGAGAUGGAGUUCCAGGAGUUCAAGCGCUCCUACCUGAAGGGGAUGAACGAUGAUGAUGAAGAAGAUGGAAACGUGUCCGGUGGUGACGACAUGGCGCCCAAAGAGAAAUAAAGAAGAGUGACGACAGCUGGGAGUUUGAGUCGCCUCAGAGUUUGUGCUAGAAAAAAAAAAAAGAGACUUAAUUAAAAAGGACCAUACCUGUGAUUUGACAUGUUUUAGUGCAACUUAGGUAAGUACGCUAAGUAGGGACAACAUGACGGCCCUCAUUUACCUUCUGGUUAAGGCCAACAUGUCGGUAAACUGAUGCUUAUUGAGUCUUUGUGUCUCCUGAUGAAUGUGAGUCCAAUAUUCUCUCUCUUUUAGCUGUUUUCUCAGACUCUGAGCCAGAAAUCUCCACUUCAGCAGCACUUACAUCCACCAAAUCAUUCCUCUCUAUAUUCUGAAGGUUUCUCCUGAGGGGUUUGUUCAGAUAUCAUUAAGAAACUGAUUUAUACAACGUUUUAUUCCUGGUGCAAAUGGAUUGUUUUGUUAAUGGCUGUUGACAGUACUUUCUGAUUUAUGGAGGGAUACAAAGAGAUAUCAAAGAUCCCCUCUAUAAACUAAAAAAAUGUAACCUAGCUUUAUCCUAUGUUCAGAUCCAUGUUCUGGAAAUGUAUGCAAAUUAGCACAUUUAAUAGGAUACUACAUCAUUUGCAUAUUUAAACAUAACAUUUCAGAAAACUUGUGAUACUAAAAAUAAUUGUCGUUAAUGUCAGUAAUCAACUGGGGAGGUUUCAUUUAAACCUUUUUACCCUAUUCACCUGUAGUGUCUCUCCUUAAUAAAUAUAGGUUUAUAGAACCCAA